AUGAGGAACAUGAAUAUUUUGAUUCUCCUGUGUGUGGCUGUGGGGUCUGUUCACUGCCUAAUCGGAAAGUCGAAAACAUCGGCGGUUGAGUCCGAUUUGGGGAUGAAGAUUUUCAAUCAGGUUGCUAUGUCCCAACCAACAGAAAACAUUGCCAUGUCUCCACAUGGAAUGGUAUCAUUGCUUUGGAUACUUCAAUUCGGAGCUGAUGGAAUAACAAAAAAGGAAUUGAACGGUGUUUUGAAAUACAAACGACUUGGUACUCAUUCACGGCUCAAAAAUGUACAUAAGUCAUUAACUAAACACAAAAGUAAUGAUGUCGUUACUUUUGCUAAUGGAAUAUUUAUACCACGUGGCCUUGUAUUACGAAAAACCUUUAUUAAGCGGUGUUCUAAAACUUAUCAAACUGGACCGACAAAUGUGGAUUUUGCUGAUUCUGAAGCAGCUGCAUCAACAAUCAACAAAUGGGCUGAGCAUGGGACCAAAGGUAUGAUCACAGAGAUAAUUUCCCCAGACAUUCUGGAUGAAACUACCAAGCUUGUAGUCGCCAACGCAAUAUAUUUUAAGGGUGCGUGGAAAUCUAAAUUUGACGUAACAAAGACGCACGACGAGGGUUUCACUGGAGCUGAUGGAGAUGUGUCUCAAGUUCCUACGAUGGUCCAAACGUCAGUAUUCAAGCUUGGUAAGGCCAGUACGCCUAACAAAGUGGAAUAUAAUGUUCUCCAGUUAUCAUUCUUUGGGGGACUCAGAAUGUUUAUUAUCCUUCCAGUGGAUAGUAGCACCCCACUCACUGAAAUAAUUCCUCACAUCAAUGUAAAUAGUAUAAAAGCGUGGACGAAAAUCUUGAAGAAAGAGAAACUCGACAUUUCUAUACCUAGAUUCACUGCUCAGUCAAAGACUAACUUCGAGGAACUACUUACACCUCUUGGAUUCAAAAAUAUAUUUGAUAAACAGAAUGCGAAUUUCAGAAAGCUCUCUAAGUUUAGUCAUCUGUAUGUUUCCCAAAUCCUGCAAGAGGUUAAAAUUGAAGUAAACGAGGAGGGUACGAAGGCUUCUAAAAUGACAGCUGCAAGGCUUCUGUUUAAGUCACGCUCUACUCGAUUUGCAGUAAAUAGACCCUUUCUUUAUGUCAUCUGGCACCAAUCUACAGAAACCAUCCUUUUCAUUGGACAAUUUGCAAAACCAUAAGAAGGCAAAGUUGAAGGAAAACAAUUUAGAAACUUGGUCAAACAUUCAUGGAAGAAAUAUCAAAUUGCUUUUGAGUAGUUUAUGUUGUUAAAAGCUAUUUUAUUAUUUAUGACAUGUGAGUUGAAAACUAGUUGAAUAAUAUGCCUAUUUUUGCCUUGCUUACAAUGAUUAAUUGCAAUGUUUCCUCAUCAUCUGUAUGCAACUGCUUAAUUUAAUCCAGUAUUGUAAUUAUUCAAGUCAUGAUAUAAUCAAAUAUUAUUUUUGACCUAGAAAUAUUCCGAGCGUUUCCACACAAAAUGCCAAUUGUUUGAUGGCAAAUAGGGGUUGUUCAUGGACAGUUAAAGGGUUCUACUUGAAGCAAAUGUGAUAUUAACUAAAGGUGUUGGAUGUUAUUUUGAGUAGUCCAAGAUAACUUUGGAAUAUCCUUUUUUGCAGAGCUAUCCCCUUAGGUGCCAUUAGCUGUAUUUAAUCCAUCUCAAACUUCUACACACAAGGCAAGUUUAUCAAGUUUAAUGUCAACCUGGGGGGAAUCUAUCUUUUGGCAAAUAACUGAGAAAUACCAGUUGAUUUCCUUGACUAAACCCUGCAUUAAUGAUUGGAACAGGAUAUGAGGUGGAUAAAUGUGAGGUUAUCCAUUUUGGUGGCAAAAACAGGAAAGCAGACUAUUAUCUAAAUGGUGGCCGAUUGGGAAAGGGGGAGAUGCAGCGAGACCUGGGUGUCAUGGUACACCAGUCAUUGAAGAUAGGCAUGCAGGUGCAGCAGGCAGUAAAGAAAGCGAAUGGUAUGUUAGCUUUCAUUGCAAAAGGAUUUGAGUAUAGGAGCAGAGAGGUUCUACUGCAGUUGUACAGGGUCUUGGUGAGACCACACCUGGAGUAUUGUGUACAGUUUUGAUCUCCAAAUCUGAGGAAGGACAUUAUUGCCAUAGAGGGA